AUGACUGAAGACGCCGUAGACUCAGUCAUGCCAUCCCCUGAGAGGGUGGCGGAACAGACGCCUGGACCUGACAUUGAAGAGAAUGAUCGUCGUGAUCUGGAUGACUUCAGUGAUGACGAGAUCCCUCAUGCACCUAGUACGCUGAACGAGCGUAGACGUGCUCAGAAAGCUCGAUUCGAAGGAUGGCUGAUCAGCGAAGACGCGCAAGAAGCGCUGCGACCAAAGACCAAAAAACAGAAACUUGACGAUGCAGCCGACGAGGAGCUGUCUGUGCAAAGUCUCAUGGACAAGCAAGGCGUCAAGAUCAUCAAGAAUCCGCGCCAAUAUCAAUGGGAGCUCUUCCAACGUGCGCAGAAGGAGAAUACUAUCGCCGUUCUCGACACUGGAUCUGGCAAGACUCUGAUAGCUGUUCUGCUCCUGCAAUGGGUGAUCGACCAGGAGCUUGAAGGUCGAGCCAGGGGCGAUGCGCCCAAGAUCAGCUUCUUCCUUGUGGCGAGUGUCACUCUGGUGUACCAGCAAUUUGCCGUCUUGGAAAAGAACAUCGACCACAAAAUUGCCAAAGUGUGCGGCGCAGAUGGCGCUGACAACUGGAACAAGUCGAAAUGGCAAGCACUUUUCGCCGACCACAAGGUCAUCGUCGCCACUGCAGAUGUGCUACAUCAGUGCCUAGCCCAUAGUUACCUCACCAUCGAGCAGAUCAAUUUACUUGUCUUCGACGAAGCACAUCACGCCAAGAAGCAUCAUGCAUACGCUCGCAUCAUCAAGGACUUCUACUUGUCGCAUCCGAAGAAGUCGAGUAGACCUCGUAUCUUUGGCAUGACCGCGAGCCCAAUCGAUGCAAAGACUGAUGUGGAGCAAGCGGCCAACGAACUCGAAACUCUGCUUGAUUGCCGCAUUGCGACGACCACGGAUAUGAGUUUGACAGACGCGAUCAAGAAGCCGAUUGAGAAGGUCCUAACAUACCUAUGUCUCCCACGCGAAGGAGUCGAGACGCCACUGCUGAGGAGCAUCAAGGCACGGUUUGGCACACCUGUCCUUUUCGAGAGAGUUUACGAGCAAGCCGUCGAGAUCUCUAGGCAUCUUGGACGGUACUGCUCGGAUCUAUACCUCAUCAAUGCUUUGUCUGAGCGCAAGCUCAAACGAUACGAGAUAGAGACAGAGCGCAAAUACUACUGGCGAACGGGCACUGCUGCAGAGCCCGGGUUACCUAGCCCACUGAGUACGCCUGAAACAAGGACUGAUGUGACUUCUGCUUUGGCUCCGAGCGUCCUGGAUCGAAGUGAGACGUCCAGCCGCCCAGUCAACGGCAUUGAGCAGCUCGAUCAGCGACAGGCAGUCAUCAAAUCCAUCGUAGAUUUCGCCGAGAAGGAACAGUCUAAGUACACCGCCAUCAAAGGAGGCGACCUCAGCUCGAAGGUCAUGGAGCUCAAGCGCUUCCUCGACUUUGAGUUCGAGACGCCUUCUUCUCGACGAUGCAUCGUGUUUGUUGAGACCCGGCAUACUGCACGACUCCUCACCGCCGUAAUGAAGCAGAUCGGGAAGACGCACAUGCGCUCGAGCUUUCUCGUGGGUGCGAAAGGCUCCAAUGUCGACGAGGACAAUUUCACGUUGCGCACACAGGUUGUCACGCUCGCCAAGUUCCGCAAAGGUGAGAUCAAUUGCCUCUUUGCCACUUCAGUGGCCGAGGAAGGUCUCGAUGUGCCGGACUGCAAUCUUGUCAUUCGCUUUGACAUGUACAGGACCAUGAUUCAGUACGUCCAGUCGCGCGGCCGCGCACGGCAGCAGAACUCGAAGUUCAUUCACAUGGUCGAAUCGGGUAAUGCAAUACACAGCGAAACCCUGAACCAGGUACGGUACCAGGAACGAGUCAUGAGGACUUUCUGUCAGGCGUUGCCUGAGGAUCGACGCCUCGAGGGCAACGAAGAGCGACUUGAUGAAAUGAUGGCGAAGGAGAAGAGCAACAGGAUUUACGUUGAUCCAGACAGUGGUGCAAAGCUCACUUAUGGCAAUGCACUCUUCUACUUGGCCAACUUCGUCUCCGCCAUACCAACAGAGACCAACGAGACUGUGCAUCCAACUUACAUUGUCGGCAAUCAAGGUCAGAAGUUCAUUGCGGAGGUCAUGUUGCCAGGCAAUGCUCCCAUCAAAUCAGCAAUUGGCAAGAUCUGCCCCAAGAAAGGCCAGGCCAAGAGGUCGGCCGCUUUCGAGGCUUGCUUGCAACUUCGUAUGAAGAAGUAUAUGAAUGAGCACCUUAUGCCAGUGUAUCAGAAGAAACUCCCAGCCAUGCGCAAUGCUCUUUUGGCUGUGAACAUGAAGAAGACUGAUCAGUAUAUCAUGCGUACCAAGCCUGACGUGUGGGCCGAAGGUAGUGGGACAGUGCCGAAGGAAUUAUACCUGACAAUCAUCGACUUUCCUGACGGCCUGGAGCACCCGCAUCAACCACUGGCUUUCUUGACACGCACGGCAAUGCCGCGCUUCCCAACGUUCUCGGUAUACUUGAACGACGGUCGAUCGUCCAGGGUACAGUCCAAGACCUUCAAGCAGCCGAUGUGUAUAGAUGAUGAUCAAAUGCACAAGCUGAGUAUAUAUACAUUUCGCAUCUUCAAGGACGUCUUCUCCAAGGUAUACGAGUAUCAACCGGAGCAGCUUUCAUACUGGCUUGCUCCCGCAAACGCAUGCUCAGAAGACGCCACAUCAUUUGAUGACAGCGCCAGUGCCCUUACCACGCUUGACUGGAGCUUAUCCACGAGGCUCAUCGUCACGAAGAAUACAAAUGUCGACACUUGGGCUGGUGGCCGCAAAUCUUACUCGAAGAUGCUACACCCUGAGUCGAAGCCGCUGGACCAGCUGCCAGAAGGUACUGCAAAAGCUCCGAAGCCGUGGAUGACUGCCAACAUUCUUGAAUACAGCAACAGCUUGUUCAAGGUCGCACGUGCGAAGAGAGAGGGUACAUGGAACCUUGAGCAGCCUGUCUUCGAAGCCGAGAAGAUACUUUUCAGGCGCAAUAUGCUAGCCACGCCUGACAAGAAGGAUGAGAAGGAGCUUGGUCUGCGCACGAAGGUUUUCCUGUGUCCUGAGCCUCUUCGCAUAUCCGCGAUCACUCCCGCUGUUGCUACCUCGUCCUUCGUCUGGCCAGCAAUCAUUCAUCGACUCGAAGCCCACCUCAUUGCUAUAGAUGCAUGCAAUAUAGUAGGAAUCGACUGUUCACCUGAGAUGGCAUUGGCUUCUAUGACCAAAGAUUGCGAGAACAGCGGUGAGCACGAGAACCAAGAACGUGUCAAUUUCCAGCGAGGUAUGGGAGAAAAUUACGAACGUCUGGAAUUCAUUGGCGACACUUUCCUCAAGACUGCUACCACGAUAUCAGUUUUUACUCAGAAUCCCAACGAUAAGGAGCUGGAAUUCCACGUUAAGCGUAUGCUGAUGUUGUGCAAUCAAAAUCUGUACAACGUCGCACUUGAUCUCACAUUGUACGAGUACGUCCGGAGCAUAGCAUUCUCCAGACGUCUCUGGUAUCCUGAGGGCUUGAAUUUGCUCGAAGGUAAAGGUGUCAAGAAGCAAGAAGAGACUUCUGUCACCAAACACGCACUGGGUGAGAAGACUAUAGCUGAUGUGUGUGAGGCGUUGAUCGGUGCUGCUUUUCUCACACACAACAAGCCUGAUCAUCCAUGGCAGCCCGAGCACUUCCACGAUGCUGUCCGUGCAGUCACCAAGCUAGUCAAAAGCAGCGACCAUACUAUGACAUCGUGGUAUGACUACACUGCCGCGUACAAGAAACCUGCAUACCAGACAGGCGAGGUGUCUGCUUCACAGCGCGAUCUUGCAGGGAAGGUGGAGAAGGAACAUCCUUACCAUUUUAACUACCCUCGUCUGCUUCGGUCCGCCUUCAUACAUCCUUCGCAGCCCCUCAUGUACGAGAGAGUGCCGAACUACGAGCGUCUCGAAUUCUUGGGCGAUGCUCUCCUCGACAUGGCAAGCAUCUCAUAUCUCUUCUACCGCUUCCCAGACAAGGACCCGCAAUGGCUGACCGAGCACAAAAUUGCCAUGGUCUCGAACAAGUUCCUUGGCGCAGUGUCCGUCAACAUCGGUUUCCACAAGCAUCUUCGAUUCAGCUCAUCCAUCAUGCAACACCAGAUCGGUGCGUAUGUCGACGAACUACUGGAGGCCAAGCGUGUUGCUGGCACAGCUCGGGACUACUGGACCACGGUCUCAGACCCUCCCAAGUGUCUACCAGACAUCGUGGAGUCGUUCGUUGGCGCAAUGUUUCUCGAUAGCGACUUCAACUACCAGGUCGUGAUUGACUUCUUCGAGCGGAACGUCAAGUGGUACUUUGAAGAUAUGAGCAUCUACGACACCUUUGCCAAUAAUCAUCCUUGCACACAUCUACACACUUUGAUGCAGACGACAUAUGGCUGCACGCAGUACAGACUCAUGGCCAAGGAGAUAGAGUAUCUCGAGACUAGUGAUAGGAAGGAAGUUGUCGCUGCGGUCAUGAUUCACAAUGACAUUGUAUCACACAGUCGAGGUAAGUCUGGUAGGUAUGCGAGGAUGAGGGCGGCACAUAGAGCGAUAGAGGCAGUCGAUGGCUUGGCUCCGUUCGAGUUCCGUGGUAGGUUCGGGUGUAAUUGUCAUCUGGACAAGCUGCAGGAGGAAGAAGGCAAGGCAGAGGCGGUGGCUGUGGACUGUGGUGUUUAA